UCUACAGAGAACAACGCCCCCAUUGCCAUUGCAUAACGAUAAGCAUAUGAUUUCUGUGUGAUGAACCAACCUCAGCCUCAGACUCAGCUUCGGACUCAGCCUCGGACUCAGCCUCGGACACAUCACAGCCUACAUUUUCCAGAUCUUAUCAUUACACCAGAGCUUCAAGAAAUCAAGAUCAUCCAUCCAUGGCUGUUUCCAGAAUCAUUUCUUCUCUACUUUCUCGCUCAUCCCCUGCUACUUCUGCUCUCGGAAGAAGAAGCAGGGUUGUGCAGAGGUGGUUUAGCAGUAGUGCUGCAGCAGUGGAUGAAGAGGCAAUAACUCCUCCAGUGCAGAUUCAUUACACAAAGCUUCUCAUCAAUGGAAAUUUUGUCGAUUCUGCUUCUGGGAAAACGUUCCCCACGCUUGACCCGCGCACGGGUGAAGUGAUUGCACAUGUCGCCGAAGGUGAUGCAGAAGACAUCAACCGCGCCGUGUCCGCUGCGCGCAAAGCAUUCGAUCACGGGCCGUGGCCAAAAAUGUCCGCCUAUGAACGGUCGCGUAUAAUGCUCCGAUUCGCUGAUCUGGUGGAGAAGCACGCCGAGGAGCUAGCGCAGCUCGAGACAUGGGACAAUGGAAAACCGUACCAGCAGGCCCUCAAGGCGGAAAUCCCGAUGUUUGCGCGGCUGUUCCAUUAUUAUGCCGGAUGGGCGGACAAAAUUCACGGUUUGACAGUGCCGGCUGACGGGCCUCACCACGUCCAAAUCUUGCAUGAGCCGAUCGGCGUGGCCGGGCAGAUCAUUCCGUGGAACUUCCCCCUUCUAAUGUUCGCCUGGAAAGUCGGCCCGGCUCUCGCCUGCGGCAACACUAUCGUUCUCAAGACUGCCGAGCAAACACCCUUAACGGCUCUUUACGCCGCAAAAUUAUUCCAUGAGGCCGGGCUUCCCGAAGGUGUUCUUAAUGUUGUGUCUGGAUAUGGUCCUACUGCCGGCGCAGCUCUUGCUAGUCACAUGGACGUCGACAAGCUUGCUUUUACUGGAUCGACUGAGACCGGAAAAGUUGUGCUGGAGUUGGCUGCGAAAAGCAAUCUGAAGCCUGUGACUUUAGAGCUCGGAGGCAAAUCGCCAUUCAUUAUUUGUGAGGAUGCCGACAUCGACAAGGCAGUAGAGUUAGCGCACUUCGCGCUAUUCUUUAAUCAGGGGCAAUGCUGCUGCGCUGGUUCACGUACUUAUGUCCACGAACGGAUCUACGAUGAGUUCAUUGAAAAGGCGAAAGCGCGUGCUAUGAGGCGUUCCGUAGGCGAUCCUUUCAAGGACGGAGUCGAACAAGGUCCACAGAUCGAUGCAGAGCAGUUCGAAAAAGUUCUUCAUUAUAUAAAAUUGGGUCGCGACAGCAACGCCAAUCUUGAAUGCGGAGGAAAUAGAGUUGGAUCAAAGGGCUACUUUAUACAGCCUACUGUAUUUUCCAACGUCGAGGACAACAUGUCGAUAGCGCAAGACGAAAUAUUCGGCCCGGUUCAAUCAAUCUUGAAGUUCAGGGACAUCGACGACGUGAUCAAACGAGCAAAUGCGACACGGUAUGGACUGGCAGCGGGCGUGUUCACGAGAAACAUCGAUACGGCGAACACGUUGUCGCGGGGAUUGAAGGCGGGCACGGUGUGGGUGAACUGCUUCGACGUGUUCGAUGCGGCGAUCCCGUUCGGAGGGUACAAAAUGAGCGGGAUCGGGAGGGAGAAGGGUGUAUACAGCCUUAACAAUUACUUGCAGGUUAAGGCUGUUGUGUCUCCCCUCAAAAAUCCUGCCUGGCUUUAGACAAGACUAUGGGUUGUCUGGAAGUCGAGUUUCGUCAAAGAAAACUACACUCUCUACACACAAGACCUCGUUCGUCUCCCUGCUACUGCUACUGCUACUGCUGCUGUUAAAUAAUACCUACAAAUGUUUGUUUGUUCACAUUAAUGAAAUAAGUAAGGUUGCGUUUGGUUA